AUGAGGAAAAGAGAGUAUGACUUCCUAAGACAGAUCAACAAAAGGCAAGAGACACGACAAAAGCCGGUGCAGGAUGUGGCCACAUCAGGUGCCCGAGGUUCAUCCAUCUCUGCCACUGUGUCAUUCGUUGAGACCAAUGCCAAAGAAAUAUCUGCACCAUUACCAACAGUGCUAAGUCCAAAGGACAUACCCACUCCAUUGCCCACACCCGGUGCAGAGUAUGACGUAACCCAGAUCCAUGAAAGACAAGAUGCAGCAGGCAAUGAAUCUUCAAUGUCCACGAUAUCAAGAUCAUCCACUGUAUCAGUCACUGUGAACAAAAUGGGUGAAAUACCAAGACCAAUUUCACAAUGUCAGUCACAAGGCGGGAUUCAUGUAUCUCAUUCAGAGGACACAUCCGGAUCAGUGGCUUCACCGUGUGGAGCAACACCUUCAACUGAUAGAGAGGACCAAUCUAAUCCAGUACCAAGUACAGAGGACAUAUCAGUACCAGGUCUAGUAACAGAAAGCACAUCUUCAAUUACCUAUAAAGGGUCUGACAUCAUCAUCAAGAUCAACACAAGACAAGAAUCUCAAGAAACAACCCGAGCAGACUCUCCUAUGUCCGCUGUAUCAAGCUCAUCCACUCUAUCAGUCAUUGUGAACGUAACAGAGGAAGUAUCAAGACCAAUGUCAUUGCCACAUACCUGUGGAGAGAGUCGUGUAUCUGAAGUGCAAUGCACAUCUGGAGUGUCAAUUACCAACACAGAUGACAUAUCAGAAUCAGUGUCAAAUACAUGGGAAAUACCAAAGUUGGAGAUCACUUUACGUGAUACAGCGGCCACGUGUGAACAAUUACAAAGUGCAGAAGACAAAGCUGUUGAAUAUGACAGAAUGCAUGAAAUAACAGUGAGAGAUGAAUCUCAUGCAUCCAGUGUGUCAAGUUCAGCCAACAUCUCAGUCAUUGUGAACAAAACAGAAAUAUCAGGAGCAGUGUCACUGCCGCAACUACACGGAGAAAUCCAUAUAUCGGAUACAGAACACAUACCUGGACCAGCUUCUGACUCAGGUUCACAUGAUGUAUCUAAUAUGGAGAACAUAUGUGGACAAGUGUCAGUGACACAGUCUCAAAAUGAGAAACGCGUAUAUUCAGUGGAGGUAUUUGGACAAGCGACAUCAGAACAUGAAGAGGGGCCGCUGUCAUUGUCAUAUUCACACCAAGAAAUAUGUGUACCUCAAACAGCGCCACAAUCAUACAAUGAAAUCCCCGUAUCUGAUUCAGAUGAAGUAUUUAAGCAAAUGCCAUCAGGACAUGAAGGAAUGUCCUCGUCUGAUGCAAAGGAUAUAUCAGCACCUGUGCUAAAUAUGGAGAACAUGCAUCGACCAAUGUCACAACCAUGUGAACAAAUCCCAGUAUCGAAUGCAGAGGACAUAAGUGAACUGGCUUCAAAUACAGACAUAUCUGGAUCAGAUGAUAUUACAGAAGAGACAUUGACUCUUUCAAUUAAAAUAAACAAAAGACAAGAAACCAAAAAAACACCAAGAGCAGAAUCUCCUAUACCAGCUGUAUCAAGUUCUUCCACUGUAUCCGUUACUGUUAGCAUAACAGGAGAGGUAUCGGGGCCAGCAUCACUGCCGCAAUCACAUGGAGAGAUCAUUGUAUCUGAUACAGAUGUCAUAGCUAGAUCAGUUCUGUUCCCACAGGAUGAGACUUCUUCAUCUGAAAGAACUAAAGUAGUGUCAAAUGCAGAAAACAUUUCUGAACAUGUGCCAAAACCACACGGAGAGAUUUUUGUGUAUGAGAGAGACGAAGUAUGUAAACUACUACCACAUCCAGAGGACAUGCUUGGAUCAGUGCCAGUGAAAGAGGACAUAAUAGAUGUUGCAGAUUAUGACCUAUUAAACACUAUCAAACAAGCACAGGAGACACAAGAUGCAGUGGGAGAUGAAUCACUUGUAUCCAGUGUGCCCAGUACAGACAAUGUAUCAGUCACUGAAAGCAAACCAGAGGACAUAUCAGGACAAGUGUCAAUACCUCAAUCACUUGGAGAGUUCCCCGUAUCUGAUACAGAGAGCAUAUCUGCACUCGUGUCAUCUCCACAAUCACAUGAAGAUAUUCAAGUCUUGGGUACAGAGGACAAGUGUGAAAUGGUGUCUUUGCCAGAAUCACAUGAAAACAUUCAUGUGUUGGAUACAGAGGAUAUAUGUGUAGCAGUGCCUUUGCCACGAUCACAUGAAGAGAUCCGUGUGUCUGAGAGAGAGGACAUAUCUGGAGCAGAGCAAUUCGAACAUGAAGGAAUUUCUUUAUCUGAUGCAGAAGUUAUCAUGUCUGAACAAAUUCCAAAAUUAGGUUACACACCUGGCCCAAUGUCACAACCAUGUGAGGAGAUCAAUUUAUCUGAUACUGAGUACAUAUCUCGACCAGCUUCAAAGACAAAAGAUAUUUAUAGAGCCGAACCAAUUACAGAAGACAUCCUUGAUCCAGUGCCAAGCAAAGUUUUAGAGUAUGACUUGUCUAUCAAGUUCAACAAAAGACAAGAAAUGAAACAAAUACCAGGGGAGGAGUCUCCUAUGUCCAGUGUAUCAAGUACUUCCACUGUAUCAGUGAUGGUAAGCAAAACAGAAGGGCUGGUUUCAGAUUCGGGAUCAGUGUCAAUGCCACAAUCGCAGGGAGAGAUACUUGCGUCUGAUAUAGAAAAUAUAUUUGAACAACUGCCACAUACAAAGAAUAUAUCCAAAUCACUGUCAAUUACAGAAGAUAUAUCCACUGCCGUGCCAAACACCUAUGUGGAGUCUGACAUCUUAAUCAAGAUCAAUAAAAAACAAGAACUCCAAACAAGUGGAGUGGAAUCACCAAUGUCUGCUGUAUCAAGUUCAUCCACAAUAUCAGUCACUGUGAACAAAACAGAGGAAAUAUCGGAAUCUGUGUCAUUGUCACAAUCACAUGGAGAGAUCCAUGUAUCUGGUAUGGAGAACAAAUGUAUAUUGAUGUCAUCGUUACAUGAAGAGACCCCAUCACCUGAACCAAUAGCACAGGCAAGGGAUAUAUCUGAACCUGUACUAAAUACUGAGAAUAUAACUGGACCAGUGCAAAUUGCAGAAGAUAUGUUCGUUCCUGACCCAACUAAUUAUGUAGAGUCAGACAUUGUCAUCAAAAUCAACACAAGCCAGGAAACAGCAAGAGAGGAUUUGUCUACUGUAUCCGUCACCAUGAGCAAAACAGACGGGCUGCAAUCACAUGAGGAAAUCCAUAUAUCUGGUACGGAGAAUACACUGACAGUGGUGUCAUCAGUAAAUGAUGAGAGUGUGACAUUUAAUACACAAACUGUUGCAGGUCCUGCAAAAAAUACAGAGGACACAUUAGUACCAGUGCCGACUAUACACGACCUAUCUGGAGCUGUGUCACAACCAUAUGACAACAUAAUGGCAUCUGACACAGAGGGCAUUUCAGAAUUGGUACCAGAUGCACAAGACAUAGGCACAUCUGUGCCAAAUACCCAUAUAGAGUCUGACAUUAUUAUAAAAGUGAAUAAAAUACAAGAGACAGUAAGAGAGCAGUAUUCUAUGUCAACUGUAUCAAGUUCAUCCACGUUCUCACUUAUUGUGAGCAAAACAGAAGAAUUAUCCGGACCACUGUUGUUGCCGCAAUCAUAUGGAGAAAUCCACUUAUCUAAUACAGAGGACUUAUCUAAACCAUUACAUGGAGAAAUGCAAGGAUCUGAUACACAUGGUGUAUUUGAACAAACAAAUAUAGGGGACAUAUGUGAACCACACAGCGAGAUCACUGCCUCUGAUACAAUGCUUAUAUCUGAACCAAUACCAAGUACGUCGGUUGAGUAUGACUUCUCAAUAAAGAUCAACAAAACGCAAGAGAUCCAAGAAACUGUAGCAGUAGUAGAGUCUCCAUCCUACACAGUGUCAAGUUCAUUCACUUUAUCAGUCACUAUGAAUGAGACAGAGGAAAUGCCAAUACCCACAGCAUUUACAUGUGUAGAAUAUGACUUAAUGGUCAAAAUUGACAACUCAGAAACUGCAGUGGAGGAAAAUCCUGCAUCGACCGUAUCAAGUUCAUCCAAUCUAUCUGUCAGUGUGACCAACACAGAAAUAUCAGGAUCUGUGUCUCACCGAGAGAUCCAGGUACCUGAUAUGGAAGAAUUACCUACUGUGCCAUCACCCAUAGAGGUCAUACCUGAAAAGGUGCCAUCACCACCCAAAGAAAUCGUUGAACCUAUCAUAGAGGAGAUACCAGAGUCUCCUGUGUCUGAUAAAGAAGACUUACCUGAAUCAGUUCCAUCACCACCAAAAGAGACUGUUGAGGUUGAGCCCUCACAGGAAAGUGAAAGCAGUUUAUCUGAACGCCUAUCAGAGGAAAACACAGAGGACAUACCUUGCCCGGUGCUGUCUCCGCAUGGAGAGAUCACUUUGUCUGAUACAGAAGACUUAUCUGAACCGUUACUUGAAAAAGACAUCACCGAGUCUGAUAAAGAAGACACUCAGACGGUGCCGUUCCCAGAUGAAGAAGUUGUGGAUGUUCCAGAGGAUGAACCUGAACCAGUACCAUCACCCCAGGAAGAAGAAAACACAGAGGCUGACAUAGAAAUCAUAGUUGAGCCUGAACCAGAGCCUGAGCCUGAGCCUGAGCCUGAGCCUGAGCCAGAGCCAGAGCCUAAACCAGAGCCUGAGCCUGAGCCUGAGCCUGAG